AUAGAGAUUGGAAAGGGAUGUGUUUGAAAUAGUUGUGCAGAGUUUGCUCAGAGACAUGCAUUCCAUGGCCUCUAGAUAGCGACUUCAAAAAUAAUCCACCACCACCAUCAUCAUCCUCUCUUCACGAGAUUAAAUAAUUUUUGUUCUUCUUAAUUUCUUCUUAGCAGAAAGUGAAUGAUGCCUUUUUAUGUCUCUGUGUCUCUGCCACCUGUUCCCUUGCAAGGUUCUUCAUAAUUAUUAGUAGUAGGAUUUUCCACUUCUUGGUUCACCCGAAGGUGCAAAAGUUGCUACCACGAACCAAAGUAGUGAAUAUAUAGCUAGCAUUUGAAGCAAACAAACAAACAAAGAAACCAAUGCAUUAGAAUAUAGUAUCUUUGCUUUUCCUUCUCUUUUUUCCUCCAAGUUGGAGUUUUUCUUCAAAGCCAAAAAUGUUCCCUGCAGUUAUGUCCAAUUCUAAUUCUUUGUCUGAAGAAGCCCCUGUCUCUUCUGCUGGUACAAGAACUCAGGACUUUAGUAGAUUAAAUCACCUAGUCUCAACCAUUAAUUCCCCACAGCAGCCUCAUAAGAUCAAGAAAAAGAGAAGCCUCCCUGGAAACCCAGACCCAGAUGCUGAAGUGAUAGCUUUAUCCCCCAAGACCCUUCUAGCUACCAAUAGAUUUGUGUGUGAGAUCUGCAACAAGGGUUUCCAGAGAGACCAGAACCUUCAGCUUCAUAGGAGGGGACAUAACCUCCCAUGGAAGUUGAAGCAAAGGAACAGCAAAGAUAUCAAGAAGAAAGCCUAUGUUUGUCCAGAGCCUUCAUGUGUUCACCACAACCCAGCAAGGGCUCUUGGGGAUCUUACAGGAAUUAAGAAACACUACUGCAGAAAACAUGGAGAGAAGAAGUGGAAAUGUGACAAGUGCUCAAAGAUCUAUGCUGUUCAGUCAGAUUGGAAAGCUCACUCUAAAACCUGUGGUACUAGAGAGUAUAGAUGUGAUUGUGGAACCCUUUUUUCCAGGAAGGACAGCUUCAUAACUCACAGAGCAUUCUGUGAUGCAUUGGCUGAAGAAAGUGCAAGAAUGUCAGCAAACCAAUCAACCACCACCACAACCACCAACCCAUUAGUCCAAUCUCUCUUCCUUUUCCCAACCCAACAACAACAAAAUAUCCAAAACCACAUGAAUCCCUGGUUCCCAUCUCAACAAGAAAACCCUAACCCUAGCAACCUUGCUCCCCUUACAACCACCCUCCACCACAACAUCAAGCCUGAAGCUCAAAACUUCCACCUCUCUUCUUCUUCUCCCACAUUCCUUCACCACCCCAAGACCAUCAUAGCCUCCCCCCCCUUCCGUGACCUCCACGUUCCAGCCACGUCGCCGUACCUCUCAGCCACCGCCCUGCUCCAGAAGGCUGCGACCUUUGGCGCUGCCGCCAUCACAGGCCAACAUGCUCCUCCUCAUCAGCUCAGCAUGAGUGAGUUCGGAUCAGUGACGACUCAGCUCGACUCGGUGGUGCCUGACCACUUCAUCAACGUGAGAGGGAUCAAGAACGGCGACGACCGCCACACCAGGGACUUUCUAGGCCUGACCGGGGAUGGUAACGGAGGCGCGGUUGAUGUUAGCGUUGGCGUGAAGGAUAUGCUAACAUUCACGGGGGUCGAUUACCAACAGCCACAUUAUAACGAGCACAACCACAACUCGUUGUUCAAGUCGCAACAAGGUUUUGGAUUAAUUAGGACAACUACUGCCCCUGAGUCUUGGGGGAAUUGUUAGAAACAAACAAGAGAGUGAUGCCAAAAAUUCAGGGGUAUAAUGGGCAACCCAAUUUUCACCUUAUUAAUGAGCUUGUAUUUUCACCUUUGAACCACAUUUGAUGCAUGUUUGGAAAUGGUUUUAUGAUUAAUUUUAAAUCUAAAGUUACUUUCAAUAAGAAGCUCAUUUCACUUCUA